AUGGGCGCCGGCGGGCACGGAGGGGCCGGCGCCCCGUGGGCGGUGCGGAGGAACGGCCGCCUCCCGGGGCGGGGUUUUCCGCGCCGUGGCUUAAGUCGGCGCGGAGCGGCGAGCCGGUGUACCGCCAUGCCGUUCCCGGUGUUGUGGGUUCUAGCGCUGCUGACGCCCGCCGUGGCGGCGGUGACGGAGCUGGGAGGCUGCGGACCGUGCGACGCCGCGCGGUGCCCGGCGCUGCCGCCGCGGGGCUGCCCGCUGGGCCGGGUGCGGGACGCCUGCGGGUGCUGCUGGCAGUGCGGGCGCGGCGAGGGCGAGGCGUGCGGCGGCUCCGGCUUUGGCGGCGGGCGUUGCGCCGCCGGGCUGGAGUGCGUGAAGAGCCGCAAGCGCCGUAAGGCGAAGGGCGGCCCGGGCCCCGCCGCCACCUCCGGCCCCGCCGCCCCGGUUGGCGUGUGCGUGUGCAAGAGCCGCUACCCGGUGUGCGGCAGCGACGGGCUCACCUACGGCAGCGGCUGCCAGCUCCGCGCCGCCAGCCUGCGCGCACAGAGCCGCGGCGAGCCCGCCAUCAGCCAGCGCAGCAAAGGAGCCUGCGAGCAAGGACCCUCCAUUGUGACCCCUCCUAAGGACAUCUGGAAUGUGACAGGAGCACAGAUCUACCUGAGCUGUGAAGUCAUUGGCAUCCCAACACCUGUCCUCAUCUGGAACAAGAUCAUUCAAGGACAGUAUGGUAUCCAGAGAAUGGAGCUUCUGCCUGGCGACCGAGAAAAUCUGGCUAUUCAGACCCGAGGAGGCCCUGAGAAACAUGAAGUGACCGGCUGGGUACUGAUAUCUCCUCUGAGCAAAGAAGAUGCUGGAGAAUAUGAGUGUCACGCAUCAAAUGCCAAAGGAGAGGCAACAGCUUCUGCAAAAAUUCAUGUUGUGGAAACUCUGCAUGAAAUAGCCCUGACAAAGGAUGAUGGUGCAGAGCUGUGAUCUGAGGACUUUCACUUAUGCACCGUUUUAAGUUAGUAUUUUGGAAAGCUGCAGCCUCAGGCUUUUUCUAGCUCACUAAUCAUUCUCUUACCUCCUUUAUUCUUUGAUUACCCAUUUGCUUGCACACUUCCUUUGCAGAUAAACAAAUAAAGAGAUUCACGAGUUCAA